AUGUCCAACCCAAGUACCGUCAUCAGGACGGCUCCAAUCGCCAUCGCACCUAAGCCUCCCCGUCGCCAGAACUCUUAUCGGCAAGAUAGCUUUGCGAACCUCGAGCUUUUCCGCGGCAGCAUGCCUGGAAGGGAAAUCGCCGAGUCUGUUGGCUCCUACACAACUCGGUCUCUCAGCCCUUGCGAAUCCUGCCAACGGUCCAGAGUCAAGUGCAUCGUGAGCGAGGACGAAGAUAGCUGCAUACCCUGCCAAGCUAGCGGCUCCGACUGCUCCCUGCUCAACAGUCCUCAGCCAAGGAAACGCAAGCUGAACGGCGACUUCGACGACAGUGGUAAAAGAAGCACCACCGGAAGCAGCUCUUUUCUUGAAGACAUGGCCAACGUCGGAGGCCCGACUCUGUUGAAGCGGACGCUGGGUCUCCAGAGUGAUCGCUACAGUCAGUAUAUUGGACCGACGACCGACUUCGAGCCUUCUCUCAUCAACCUUUCCCCUUUCAACCCCCAGGAUGAGAGCCUCUUAGCACGUGGCACGCUGCGGAAGGUCAGUGACGACGACACGUUUCUCCUGCUACCUGACUUCAACACGCCGGGCCACGAGCACGUCCUCGAAGAUAUCGAGGAGAUCGAGAACCUCGUAAGGCCCCACGGCCGUAAGCUGGUAGACUUGUAUUUCCGUAUCGUCCAUCCUGCCUUCCCGAUCAUCCAGAAGACCGUCUUCCUGGAAAAGUACGAACGCAGCUACCGCGAGUUCUCGCCCUGUCUACUAGCCGCCGUCUACCUGUUUGCAAUCAACUGGUGGGAGCAGGAUGAAGAGCUCGCGCAGGUUCCUCGUCCGAACAUUCCCAACUUGGAACGAAUGAUCCGCACAACUCUGGCUGAUGCCAUGUACCGACCGAAGCUGUCUACCAUCCAGGCCGGUCUUCUCCUUUCCCAGCGGCCUGAGGGCGACCAGUGGGCUCCCACGGCCCAGCUCGUCGCUAUCGCCCAGGAACUUGGCCUUCAUCUCGACUGCACGCAUUGGAAGAUACCACCUUGGGAGAAAGGGCUGCGGAAACGCCUUGCCUGGGCUCUUUACAUGCAAGAUAAAUGGGGGUCCCUCGUCCACGGUCGGCCCUCGCACAUCUUCUCCACCAACUGGGGCGUGCAGGCGCUCACGUCGCACGAUUUCCCCGACGUGGAAUGGAAUGAAAACGAUGUGGAGGAGAAGCUGGAAAUCGAGCGCGGCCGCACUCUCUUUGGCCAGAUGGUACAGUUGUCGCAAAUAUUGGCCGAGAUUCUCGACACCUUCUACUCGUUGCAAGCCAUGCAAACCGUAACCAACGCCGGCGGGCAAGGCACGCACUUAGUCCUGGGCAUGGCUAAGCCGAUCCAGUUGAAGCUCAAAGAGUGGUAUGCCAGCCUGCCAGCAGCAAUUCGCAUGGACAACACGUACUCGACGAAUCCAGCCCCCUCGAGCCGCUUGUCGAGCAUAGGAUACCUUCACCUCGCCUACUUCGCAGCCGAAAUCACCCUCCAUCGUCGCAUUAUUCGCUCGCUCGAAGCCACCGGAUCGGCCGUCGACUCGUACGUUCAGCACAUUUGCCGGAGUGCGGCAAAGGCGCGUCUCAUAUCUGCCAUGGACUUUGUCAACCGCUUGAACUCGACCCACCUGCGCUCGUUUUGGUAUUUCGCUUCCAAGACCAACUUUGCCCUCAUUGGCACUUUUGGAUCGCUUUUGUGGGCAACGUCGCCGGGAAGAGAAGAGGCAGACUGGUACCGAAGGCGUUUGGGAGAAUACCGCUGGACACUCUCCGUGAGCUCGAAGCCUGGCGAAGGCAAGGGCCUGACGGAAUUCGCCAUGACUAUGCUCGACAUUUCGACCGGUCUCCUCAAGAAACUCCCCGAGAAGCCGUCGAUGAGCCGGAGUGGUAGCGUUGUAGAAAUCGGACCUGGCAGUAUGAGCAGUAGCUAUGCUGGCAACGGUUUGCUUGCCUUGGGGCAGAGCGCACCGCCCGCGAUGACUCUAGGAGGCUUCAGUGGGUUCCAGAGUGCCGAUGUGAGCAACGUGCAAAGUCCGAUGAGCGACGACAGCAGCGACGACGAAAUGUACGAGACUUUCGCUCCGACAGCGGGCAUGGCGGGUUUGACCGAAUGA